UAUUUUAAUCCCGGGUUUCAUUUGCAAGUUUGAAUGACUACAUUAGCCACCUUAGUUCGAACUAGGGUGGCUAGUGUAGACAUACCCUCAGAGAAAAAUGAUGGUUCAAGUCUGAUUCCAGGUCAGUUAAAAAUCGUACUUUCCUGGGCCUGGUUCAGUUCUGGCAAGUUCAGCUGGUCCAAUGGAAUCCAUAUCUGAUGAGCUGUCCCUAGCAGCUGUGGGGCACCCCAGGAGCAGCUCAGGCAUGUGGGGAGGGUCCCUGGUUACUGUGCAGGCAGAGGAGGCUGGUGUCUAUCUCUGCUCAGGGUACAGAGCCCUAGAGCUGGCUGAGUUUCCUGGGUCGUAGGCUGCUUCCUCUGACACCAUGAUCUGGGAGCCCAGGCUAAGCAGCAGGUCUGUAGCAGGGAGACAUUCACUGCAGCCCCUCUGUGCCCAUCCCGGGUGGGGACGUUCCCCGGUGCCUAUUACUCACCCCUUGGGGGAGCCCCAAGCUCUGUUGGCAUCAGUUCCAGGUGAUGGGGAGAGAUCUGGUGGAAAAAGGCUAGGAGGGGCAGGAAAGUGACUCAGCCAAACCAGCCUCUUCCAGCCUGUUUGUGCCAGACAGGAGGGGAGGGGUCUCUGUAUGUCUGCGGGUCCCAGAGCUGCUACCUCAGUGACACAGCCAGGUUCUCACUGGAGAGGAAAUGCCCAUGGGUACCGGGCAGACACCAGUGCUCCCAGCAGAGGGGAGAGGGCAGGAGAGGGACAGGGGAGACCAGAAGGGGCAGCAAGUGCAGGAAUUAGGGAGAGAUUUCCAGCCCUCAACCUGUCCAGGCUCAUUCACUGCAUCACCCUGGGCAGAUUGACUGUCCUGAGAGCAGGAUGCAGGGAAGGAAAAGCCAGUUCCUACCCCUCCCAGCCCCCAUGUGACCAGAGGAGGGGGGACUGGCCUCAGGGACAAUUUGGGGGAAUCCCCCACAGUGGCAGGCUUGGAACUUCUGCUCUUUUCUAGCAUCUAUCUCAGAGUCUCUGUCCCAGGGAGGGUGUAAAAGUGCCUGGUAGGCUCAGCGUUGGUGGGAGGGGCCAUGUCUGUGUUGUAACCACACAACUGAGGGGUUCCUAGCAUGGCGGAGCCUAGAGCGUCUGUCUCCAGGGAGAGAGCUUUGGGGAACUGGGGGUGUGAAAUGAACCCAACCCACUUUGGAAACCUCCCUAGUCACUCCUCUUGCCCUGACAGGGUGAAGACUCACAUCCCCACUUCGCUCCAGAUCGUCCUGUCUUGCAGGAGGCAGGGCAGGGAAAUGGCUGUGGUGGAGCCAGCUCAGGUGCCCGUGACCUUCGAGGAGGUGGCUGUGUAUUUCACCGCAGGGCAGGGGGCGCUGCUGGGUCCCAAUCAGAGAGCCCUCUACAGGGACGUCAUGCAGGAGAACUAUGAGACUGUGGCCUCGCUGGGAUUCUCCAUUCCCAAACCUGACCUGAUCACCCAGCUGGAACGAGGGGAAGAACCGUGGGUCCCAGAUCUCCAGCCCUCCAAAGAAAUGGAGUUCCUGAGAGGCACUUGCACAGCAGGUGCUAGGACAGUGAGGGAAAACAAGGAGGAGAAUCAACGGCAGGAAGGUCCUGGCACCGUAGAAUCACAGGGAACAUCUUUGGAGGGAGCUGAAGGGGAUUUUUCCCAGUGUGUAGAACAGGGGGAAGCCUGGGGAAAUGAAUACAGGGCAGAGAGGCAGCUGGAGAACAAUCCAAGCAGGAAAGCAGAGGAAUCCAGUCAAGGAGGGGAAGGAUCCAAGGAACCCAAGGAAACACCAGCCCAGAAGUCAAAUCCCAAUGGAAAGAAACCUUGUGAAUGCUCAGACUGUGGAAAAAUAUUUAGUGAGAAGUCAGGCCUUAUUCUGCCCCAGAGAGGGCACCCAGGAAAGAGACUCUGCAAGUGCCUGGAGUGUGGAAAAAGCUUGCUUGUACUGUCAUCCCAUAUGGAACCUGAGAUUGUCCACAGAGGAGAAAAAUCCCAUAAAUGCUUUGAGUGUGGGAAAAGCUUCUUUUCGAGAGCACACCUGGCUAGACAUCAGCAAACCCACAGUGGAGAGAAGCCAUAUAGAUGUUUGGAAUGUGGGAAGAGCUUCAGUCAGCGGUCAAAUCUUAUUACACAUGAGAGAAUCCACACAGGAGAGAGACCAUAUAAAUGUCAUGUGUGUGCAAAAGGUUUCACUUGGCAUUCAGAGCUCAUUAGACAUGAGAGAACCCACACAGGGGAAAAACCAUACAAGUGCUCCGAAUGUGAGGAAAGCUUCAGUCAAAACUCUCACCUUAUUAUCCAUCAGAGAAUGCACACAGGAGAGAGACCAUAUAGAUGCCAUGAAUGUGGGAAAGGUUUUACUCACCAAUCAGCCCUUACUGUCCAUGAAAGAUCCCACACAGGGGAGAGACCAUAUAAAUGUGGUGAGUGUGGGAAUGGUUUCACCCACAGAUCAGUCCUUACGGUCCAUGAGAGAACCCAUACAGGAGAGAAACCAUAUAAAUGCCACGAGUGUGGGAAAUGUUUCACUAGUCGAACAGUCCUCAUGAGACAUGAAAGAAUCCAUACAGGAAAGAGGCCGUAUAAAUGCUGUAAAUGUGGGAAAGAUUUCAUUUGGCAAACUGCCCUCAUUGGACAUGAAAGUACUCACAUAAAAGAGAAACCAUAUAAGUGCUUGGAUUGUGAGGAAAGCUUCAGUCCAACUUAACACUUUAUUAUCCACAAGAGAGAGAGAGACAGAGACUUGUAUCAAUGCAAUGAGUGUGGUAAAAGCUUUGGGUGCACUUCACACUUUACUAGACAUCAGAGAAUCCACACAAGUCCCGCAUCAGCAAAUCCCCCAGAGAAACCUCUGAUCCGUAUGCAAGGAGGGGGAGAAGGGUGCAAAAGCACCCCCUUACAAUCCCUCAAAUAAGUAUGCGCCAGCCAGCCAGGGGAAAGCCAGAGAGGCAUGCUGCCUGAGCCUUCCUCCUCCAUGUUCUGGGGGACUGGGGGAAGGCUGGAGCUGAUUUCCCCAUUUACUUUGAGGACCAUGGGUGUGCGCAGUC